AUGGACUGCAUUCAGAACCAUUCUUUACUUAGCUACCUCCGCGAUGUCUCCUUUAACGGAUACAGUGGCCCCAUCAGGUUUAACAGCGAAGGCGACGUUCCUGGAAAAUACGUCAUUUAUCAGAUGACGUGGGAUUACGCCACGGUCCCUUUCGACUACGGUAAUCCGGCUUCUCCGUUAAGGAUGGGUUUGGUCACAAAAGAGGUGGCUUUUUACGACAUCGCCAGCGAAGACGUCGCCUACACCAGCACCAACAUAUCCUGGGAUCACUUGAAAAAAGUGGAUCGUUUGGUGCCUCUGGGUGAUGGCGAGCUCGACAAGGGAAUUCCCGAAUCCGUGUGCAGCAGACCUUGCGUUGUUGGCGAGUACAAGAUACAAAUGGAGCUGUCUUGCUGCUGGGAGUGCCGAAAGUGCCGAGAAAACGAAAAGAUUAUCAACCAAAACACCAGCUGCGAAGAGUGCCCAUUGUUUACGUGGCCUGACCCUCAGACCGGCUUCACCUCUUGUCUGAACAUCCCAUUAACUUACCCCACCCUCUCCCAGACUUUAACAAUUGUCCAGCUAUUUUUAGCCGUAUUCGGGCUAGCCAUUACAAUAUUGGCCAGUGCGAUGUUUCUCCACUACCGAGAUUCUCGCGUCAUUAAAGCGGCAAGCCGAGAACUGAGCCUGCUGCAGCUAGCAGCCAUUUUCACCGGCUACGUCACAGUCGUCUGCUUCCAAAGCGCGCCAACGCCCACAUCCUGCGCCGCGCUCUACGUCAUCUUCUGCCUCAGUUUCGCCAUGCUGUAUUGCCCUUUAUUUGUCAAGGCCGUCCGAAUCUUCAGGAUAUUUCAAAGCAGCACCAAGAACAACAAAAGACCGAGAUUCGUCAGCCCCCAGUCUCAGGUCGUCAUCUCUGUCGGUCUGAUUUGCAUACAGGUGGUUCUUUGCGUGGUGGUCGUGUUGGCCUACACACCAACGUCCAGAAGAACACAGAUGGUCAGGACCGAGCGCUUUGUUGAGCUGACCUGCGACAUGACCCUCCAGGGCCUGGCCUCCUUCUUGACCUACAACCUGGUUCUGGUCAGCCUGUGCUCCAUUUUCGCGUUCAAAACGCGCCACCUUCCGGACAAUUUCAACGAGUCCAAGUUUAUCUCCAUGUGCGUGUCCACCACGCUGGUCAUCUGGCUGGCCUUCGUCCCCACCUAUUUCACCGCGGGGAGGGAAUACGUCCGCACACUCCUCCUGUCUGUGGCCCUCUUGCUGAAUCACACGGUCGCCCUUGUUUUCCUCUUCAUGCCCAAGAUCUACGCGGCCAUCUACGUCCCCAGCGAGCCUGUGGUGACCACCAGGUUUAACACGAUAUCUACGAGGGUGCAUCACCUGACCAGCACGAACAGAGUGGCGCCAUCGCCUGGUUCGGUCAACAUGACAUGA